CUGGCUCCUGGCUCGGCGGCCGGCGCAAGGAAUUCUUUCGAAAUUUUUGCACUUUUAUCGUUCGUAAAGAUUGCUUGCAUCCUUCUUGAUUUGUAAAAUUCGUUUUCAUUUCGUGAAUAAUUUGUUACACGCAAGACGUUGUAGAGUUCAAUUUACGUAACCAAUUUUAUAAGUGGUAGAAUGUCCGACAUUGAAAGUGAUAUGGAAGUUGUUGAUGCUCCGGCUGAUCCAAAGGAGAAGUCCAGCACGGCUCAAACGAGGAAAUCUCAUCUACCUUGGAUCGAAAAAUACAGGCCAACAAAAUUUGAAGAAAUUGUAGGGAAUGAGGACACACUCCAAAGACUCAGUUAUUUCGCACAGGCUGGAAACGUUCCAAACAUCAUCAUUGCUGGUCCACCUGGCGUUGGAAAAACCACCACAAUUCUAUGUCUGGCGCGCAUCCUGCUCGGGCCAGCAUUUAAAGAUGCUGUUCUCGAGUUGAACGCUUCCAACGAAAGAGGAAUUGACGUGGUUCGUAACCAAAUCAAGAUGUUCGCCCAGCAAAAGGUGACCCUGCCCGCUGGCAGACAUAAGAUUGUCAUCUUAGACGAGGCGGACAGCAUGACUGACGGCGCUCAGCAGGCUCUGCGGCGCACCAUGGAGAUUUACUCACACUCGACGCGAUUUGCUUUGGCUUGCAACAACAGCGAGAAGAUUGUCGAACCUAUCCAAUCUCGCUGUGCCAUGCUGCGCUACAGCCAGCUGUCAGACGCGCAAAUUCUGGCUAAAGUCAUGGAUAUUUGCGAAAAGGAGAAUGCUUCUCACACGAAGGAGGGUCUGGAAGCAAUCGUCUUCACUGCCCAGGGAGAUAUGCGGCAAGCUUUGAACAACCUACAGUCGACCGUGAAUGGAUUCGGACAUGUGGAUGAAAAGAACGUCUUCAAAGUGUGUGACGAGCCUCACCCAAUUCUAGUUAAGGAAAUGUUGCAAAACUGUGUGAGCGGGGACAUAGAUGCUGCUUACAAAAUUCUGGCACAUUUGUGGAAGUUGGGAUAUGCUGCUGAAGAUCUGAUCCAGAACAUCUUCAGAGUUUGUAAAACCAUGGACACAAUUGGAGAAUUCUUGAUGCUGGAGUUUUUGAAGGAGAUUGGGUUGACCCACAUGAAAAUUAUUGAAGGCCUUGGCACCUUGCUUCAGCUCUCUUCCCUGUUGGCUAGACUAUGCCAAGUCAGUGAGAAUAUUGAAACUUGAUUAGUGUAACCUAAGUUGUAAAUAAAUUCAGUUUUAACUUGAUGAAA